UGACUCGCUGCCGUAAUUCAGACUACCGAGACUUGUGGUUUGCUGUGUUCACUCACGUACGCCAAAAAAGUGCAGCAGGAUCAGUAUAAAUCAGAACUUAAACGAUACAUAAAUAUGUUUACCUUAGUGGAAGGCUUAAAGUUUGGAGCAGCGACUGCGAUGGGGCUGUUUUCAGGUGGAGCAUUAUAUAUUAAUGGAGUGGAGCAUUACAGUCGCCGACCGCUUCCAGUGAAGGCUCAGAGAGAACAGUGGGCCAACAGCUUUAAUAUUGCUAAAAAGUUCCUGCCGUCGAUCGGCCUGAUAGGAUUUGGAUGUUCGACGGCCCUGUUUUUCCUUGACGAUUCCGAGUACAAGUACCACUGGCUGGUUGGACCCGUCCAGUUUGUACUUGGAGGUGUCUACACGGUAGUAAUGAUGCUCCCGGAGAUCAACAUCCUACUGGACGAAGGAGUGGUCGAAAAGAAAGGUGAAACUUGGGUCCGUGGUGCCAUUGAUCGAUGGAAUUAUCGUCACAUGUUCAGAACCUUCAUUGACAGCGCCACCUACUUCCUCUUCGUGUACCUUGCAAUGAAAUCAUGAACAACACAGCUACACAAUAAUAUUGUUCCAUUACCAGCAUCUUGUCAAUAUAUCGCUUUUUGUAGUUCAAUGUUUGUUAUUUGUAAUAAAGCUAAUAAAACAAAUGAUUUGUGAUGAAAAAGUAUCAGUGUAAAUCAAUCCAAUUAACAUGUAAAUUAUCCUGUUAAUGAUGGGCAAAAUAUAUGACGAGUGAUCAAUGAAUACUACGCCCAUCAUCUUCCUUGGACUCUGCAAUGGUACUGGUGGCCGAAAGUGUGGAAAACAAGCAGGGAGAUGGUGAAAAUCGAAACUGGCCAAUUUCCUAACCUGUUUUUCCGAUAUUACCUCAUAAACGAAAAAUACAACAAAAUGGGAAUCUAUCAACAGGUGUGCCUUAUAAUGCAUUGAAUUGGACAAUACAACCAUUUUGUUCUUUCUGUGUCUCUUCAGUAAUACUAGGAUGGAAAUUUUGGAAAAUCCAAAUCGCUCAAAAAACAUUAUAAUAUCAGAGAAGGUGUACUUAUCUCACAGUCCAACUUACAUAUCUUUCGUUAAUAAAUAUAUUACUGAAUGACAAUCAAGAAUGUACAAGGUGUAACUUUAGUUAUAUUUUUAGUUUGGAUAGUCUAUAUUGCUAGUCAGGGCAAUAUUGAUCAUAUUUCUUCACAAGAGUUUUAUUCCGUUAAUGUAGAAUGAAAAAAUACAAACAAACAAAAGAAAACGCAGGGACCGACGAAAUGUUUCGAAGUGAACGAGGCCUUCGAGUUAUACGGAGUUCGACUGUAGUAUAACUUGACCUUCAAACCAUCAGCAAUUAAUUUAUUACAAUUUUGUUUUUAAAUUUCUUUGUAUAAGUUGCUUAUAAUCUACCUUGAAAUUAUCUGCCUGUUUUAUUCUGUGUACUUGGUAGACAAGUUCCUGUGACCGCUUUCUCAAGCUUCGAGUCCAUGCUCUUUUGAUAUUAAAGUAGAGAUGGUUAUUAUGUAUGACCACAUUUUAAAAUAUCUUAUUACAUUUCAUGUAUACAAUAUCAUUUCAAAGUUCCACGGUAUCCUUACAAAUAACAGGAUGGGGAAAAAUAAAAAAUAGAUGUUUCAAACUUGAAUUUUAAAAUAUCUGAUGCGCAGAAUCAAAUAUGUACCAUAAAUUGCUGUAAUCAUAUAUGCAGUAUAUAUAAAUGUAUACAUGUUUGUACUUGCUUAUUAUUGAUACGGAUACCUAUGGUUAAACAGUUAUAAAGUCUGUGCUAUCUUGCAACAUCCUAAUCACUUCUGUUUGCUUGGAAUUAUCUAGUUGACCAAGGACACGAGACUACCUAAACGUACCCGGUAUACUAUGAAGACAUGGUAACCUUUAUAAUAUUGCCUUUCUGACAUAGUUAAACUUCAACGUACAUGUG